AUGAGGCCCAGCGCCGCCACCCUCCUCGGCCUCGCGCUCGCCGUGACGGCCCUCGGCGCACCCUCGCCCCCGUGCCUGUCCAUCGCCGAGCUGCACAAGCGCCAGGCGCCCGGUGCGGGCAGUCUGUACGCCUAUGCAUUGGCGAACGGCCACGACGGGGGCGGCUUCAUCCCGAUGCGGGUCAAGCUCCCCGCCGACGGCGGCAGCGGGUCGGGCAACACGAACGUCAACGACAUUGCCGGCAACUUGACAGCGCACCGUGCGCUGCCGUCGGCGCCUCCUUCCUCCAGUGCCGACACCCCCGGCAAGAGCAAGCCUCCCAUCGCCGGCACGAACGUGCACGCGCCGGGCGUCGGUCUCCCGCCCCUGCUCACACUCACCACCACGCCGCCCGACUACCACAGGCUCAUGGUGAACCCGCACAUGCGGCCGCACCUGCCCGUGCCCAGCACCGACACCGACGCGCACGAUGGGUGCAAGUACGAGUACGUCAAGAUGCUCGGCCUGGAUGGGAGCACGCCCCUCGCCCAGCUGUGGGCCGGCACAGAGAACUACAACCUCGUGCUUGCCGACGUGCAACAGGGCGGUAUUGGCGACUGUGGGAUGGGUGCCGCCAUCCUCGCGCUCCUUACCGCUGGAUGUCACCAGAAUAUCAGGCAAAGCGUUUACGACCCGCAUGACCUCCCGGAGGACGAUCAGGUCGGCAGCUCCAUCUUGUUCAAGUUUCAAAAUGGGAACACGACCGACCUCGUGUUCGUGGACGACGCACUCCCCAAGCGGACGGAGGGCGCCCGGGACAAGUGCUGGCCCUACCUGGGCUACCAGCCUGCCUAUGACGGCGGCGCCGGCACGUCGCCCACUAUCUUCAUGCCACUUUUCGAGAAAGCCUUCGCAAAGUGGCUCGACUACCGACGCUCCGAGUCGGGUAGCUGGCCGCGCAGCCCAGGGGUAGGGUACUCGGGCCUGGAGGGGGUGGGUCCGGACCAGGUCAUGGCCGCCGUGCUGGGUCACACUCCAAAGGGUGUAGGGCGCCAGACUCCGGGGUACGACCAGGGCCUGAUGAACGCCUUGAGUCUGUGCCUCACCACCCCGACGCCAUGUGUCAUUGGUACAGCAUCGAUCGAAAAUCUCAGCGUGCUGGGCAGUAAGGAUGAGGCGGGGACGAUUGUCCAACCCGAGCUGGGCCCCGCAGUCGUGUACGUCGCGGACCAGCAGCCGCAGAACACGGUGGCGUACACCGUCGUCGACUUUGACCAAGUCCACGACGGGUCCGUCACCAUCGUCCAGCUGGUCGGCAACCACGCAUACGCGAUCGAUGCGAGCAGAAGUACCGACCCGGUCAAGGGGGUAGCCGCGGGGCGGGUUACGCUCAUCAACCCGUGGGGCAUCAACCCCGACUUGUGGGACGAUUCCAGGGGUGCGGGAAUUCCAGAUAGCAAAGCCGAGAUAGUGAUCAGCUUGCGCGCGCUGCAGCUCGUCAUCGACUCCGUGUUCUGGGUCGAUGGCAUGCCGGAUACGUAG